AUGAACCAACGACGGUACAAUGUAGAGCGAUCAUGUUUACGCUGCCACGCGCACAAGAUCAAAUGCGACAAGGGCUCACCAUGCAGCAAAUGCGUGCGGCAGAAUAUAACCUGCCAGUAUCCAGGUCCGAGCCGAGUCAAGCGCCAACCCCCGAAGAAAAGCACGACCGAUGUUGCGGUACGGCUGGAGCAGCUUGAACAGUUCAUCGCGUCAAUGCUCAACGAACGGCCGACUAGCUCGAACAAUCAAAACCAAGCCUUAAGUACAACCCCGUCGACGCCGAACGGCCGAUCCGAGUACAGGCCGCUAUCGAGCCACCCAGCUGCAGCAGACCGCCCCGCCCACCAGGGGUUCCUAGACAAAGACGGCCGGUAUAUCAAUGAGCCUCUUCUCUCGCGGGUGCUGGAGAAAGAGCAGGAGCUAAAGUCUGCAAUUGGAUUACCAAUCGGUGCAACUAGUCCGCGCCGACCACCGGCAUUGAGGGGAGAUGGGAUCUUCACGAACCCGCUCUCGGCGCAGAUUGACAUCCAGGAGCUAUUUCCGAGUCGUUGGCAGGCGGUUUCACUCUGGCAGGCUUUUCUCGGUCGUGUAGAGCCCUUAGUAAAGGUCAUCCAUGUUCCAACGGCACAAUCGCGCAUCUUUGCUGCGAUUAAUAGACCUGAGAGUGUGCGUGCUGAUGUACGUGCUUUACUCUUUGCUAUUUGUUUUGCCGCUACGACAACCUUCCUUUCGGAUGAUGCUCAGAAUGAGACUUUGCAUGACAAUCUGCGGCGGUAUCAACAUGGGAUGGAGUUGUCUUUGUAUCAGUCCGAGUUUUUGGAUGCUCCGACCCUUACAUCGUUGCAAGCCAUGGUGAUAUAUCAGGCAUGCUUUCGAUUUAGCAAUAGCGGCCGAUCUGGCUGGAUAUUACAUGGCGUAACUAUCCGAGCCGCACAAUCCAUCGGCCUCCAGCGCGACGGAAAAUACUUCAAACUGCCACAACUGGAAUGCGAGCUGCGCCGGCGAACCUGGGGACAUAUCCAAUCAGCCGAUAUCCGAGUCGCAGAAGAUCAUGGGCUCAGCGUCCCCGAAAACGACUACGGCGACACUGAACUCCCGCUGAAUAUCGACGACCAGAACUUAUCAGAGAUGAACAUUGCCCCAGCCGUAUCACAGAAUCGAUGGACCGAGAUGACAUUUUCUUUAAUCGUAAUAGAAAUCAACAUGACGCGGCCGGCUUUACUUCGAAACUUAGUGGGAGCAGCCGACCCAGAGCGCCUCAUCGCCGAGUUCAAAGGCGCAAUAGAGGAGAAAUAUCUGCGACACAGCGACCUAGACAUCCCGAUCCAGCGCUUCGGCUUCCUCCUCGGACAGCUGCUCCUCAUAAAGACCGAGCUGUGCAUUCGACAGAAACAGCUGCAGUCACAGGGACCGGCGGCCUGCUCACUCGACCACAAACUUGUCCAAGAGACUAUGGCACAGGCCUGCUAUGGCAUGGAAAUUGGCCUCGAGAUGCACAGCAAUGAAUUACUCCACGGCUUCCGCUGGCUGAUGAUGACUUUCACCCAAUACCACCUCUUCACAUUCAUUCUCUGGUCUCUGUGUGUUUAUCCCACCGGUCCGCAUGUUGAACGAGCCUGGCGCGCUAUCGAUGUGCAGUUCGGUCUGAUUGAUGACCCCUCUUGGCCGGAUCCGGGACCGAAGUGGCCGAUGAUUGUGAAGUUGCGGAAUAAGGCGCAGCUUAUUCGCCAGAAGCAUGAGCAGAGUCAGCAAAUUGUUCACGACAAUCGUCCUGUCUGUGCUGAUGGGGUUGGGACUGGGGAUUCUCGGCUUGAGGCUGGCUUUGAUAUUGAUAGUUGGGAUCCGAAUUUCGUUGACUUUUCGGAUUGGAAUAGCCUGGCGCAGAGUCUUUCUCUCUUAAGUUGA